AUGCGGCAAACGAACGGAGGAAAGGCGAUGCGGCGCAUCCUGGAGGAGGGAAAGCCGGGCAUUCUCCACACCAAGGCAUUCGAAGAAUGCAACGUCACAGCAGCAAACAAGGUGAAGGCCGUCCAUCUUUCGUUCAUCGAGGCAGGUGCAAAUAUCAUCGAGACAAACACCUUCGGCGCCAACAAGUUUGCGCUGGCAAGAUACGGACUGACCAAUGUAGUUGAGAUCAACCAGGCUGGAGUGAAGAUAGCUCAGGAGGCAGUUGCUGAGAGUGGCAAGGGAACCAUCAUUGCAGGCGCCGUUGGACCCACUGGUGAGGGUACAGGAUUCAUCGACGACGACAAGGCCAAGGAGAUUGCUUUGGCAUACGAAGUUCAGAUUAAGGCCAUGGUUGACGCCGGUGUUGAUGCGAUCAUGUUGGAGACUUUCACGUACCUUGCAGAGAUCAGGAUUGCUUUGAGUAAAGUGAAAGAGCUCUUUGCCGGGCCUGUCAUUGCUUCCAUGGCAUUCAGCGAUGAGCCGGCGGCUACCAACCACUACGGGCCCGGGAAAGUCGCGCAGCUGCUGCACAAGUGGGGAGCAGACGUGGUGGGCGUGAACUGCGGGGGGGAUGGGGAAGGGUCGGGGAGGGAGGACCAGCAGCCAUCUAUGACGUUGCGGAGGAGAUGGUCAAGGCAGUGGGAAGCAGCGUUCCUGUGCGUGUCUGGUGUUUUGGCCUGUCCUAAUGCUGGACAUCCCAAGAGAGUCGGCCAUCGGAACAUCUACAUGGCUACCGAGGAGUACUUUCUCGUCUAUGCCAAAAGACUGUUCAAGAGUGGAGUCAGGAUGUUUGGAGGAGGGUCGGACGUUGUUCCUUCACCUCCUGCCUCCACCCAGACCACCAAGAAUGAGAAGAACAGCAAGCCAGCUGCUGUUGCAAAGGAGCCCAUCCCCGUCAGCGAACGAACGAAGCUCUCGUCCAAGAUUGCAAGGAUUUGGAAGGAUCGACUUGCUUCAGGGAAGGAGAAAAAGGAUCCCAUCGGACCUGAAGAUUUCGUCGUGAGUGUGGAAGUGAAUCCUGCACCCGGCCUGUCGACAGAGAAGGUGAGAGUGUUGACACUACAUGGCAUGAACGAGUAA